GAGGCGUGAGCGAGGACGCCGACGACGCUCUCGAGCCCGGCAGACAGGGAGGAGGGGAGGGAAGGCGUGGCAGAGGAGAAGGAGGAUGGGGCGGGGCAUCCUGGCGCCCACGGGCCGGCCGCUCAGACUGGCAGUUUAGCAGCGACUCCCCUUUGUGUCUGGUCUGAGGAAAGGGGAGCAGCAGCCAGCCCAACCCAGCAACCGGGGACUGCGAGGCGACUCGCCGAGCCGUGAGAAUUCUCCCCCUCCCCCACUGUGCAAGCCCUUCGCAUGCACACUUUGCAUAGAGAGGGCGAAGGAAGAAAAGGGGCGAAGGACUGACUGGGACCUGCCCCAAAAAAGCCGGGGUGGGGGAGACAGGAACGGUGCAUGUGUGUGAGAGACCGGAAGGAUUUGGGACUCUACAAGGGAAUAAGUCACCCACAGUUUCUUAUACCUGUGGGUGAAAAAGGCAUUGUGAAGUGAGGGAAGAGGGUGGGUUAAGUGGCUCCUCUUCCCCGCCCUUUCUUCCCGUGUCCGGUGUGGUAAAGAAGGGACUGAGGGGUGGCGAAUAGGAAAAAGUCAAAUACUUAACAACCGGGGAAGGGGAGAAAGGCCUCUUGAUGCCAGGAAUUGGGGAACCCUGAAUGCUACUGCUCCUUCACAGAAACCCCAAGAAGCCUUUUCUUUCUGUCUCCCGUCAAUUUUUUGUGGUGUGUGAGGCAAGGCGAGUGGAUCUGGAAUAUUUUUUGAGACAGAAGACGAGUAAUGGGGCGAAAUCUAGUUAAAAUUCCUCAUGAAGAAGAUGACUCCUUGUUCUUUUUAAACGUUAAAUGACUGAAAAUAACUCUGUCUUUUUUGAAAGAGAUAGAGUGACAUUGGUGUUUUUGUUUCCUUAAACCUCGGCCUUUAAAUUCCUGUCCGUAUCUGCAUUUUGGGGGAUCAAGGAAGCUGCUUAUAUGUGACAAUCGAUUUUUUUUUUUUGCCCUUUCCAUCUCUGGAUAUGCUUCAUUUGAAACGUGAGUGGGCCUUUGAUAUUAUGAAGACACGUGGGAAAUAAUCUGGAUUUUUUAGUAUUAUAAAGAUGACCGCCUACUUGGAAAAAAUAUGUAUGUUGGUUUGAGAACCAAAACUCUUUAUCUGUCGAUGGAAGUCAACAAGGGAAGGCAAGCCCUGAAACAUGAGGACAGAUUCGUGUAAUGGAGUAAGAGGUCAAGCUGGUCCUCUCAUCUGCCAUUUGCCCUUUCAGAGCAGAUUGUAAGCUAAGAGGGUGAAGACUCUUUAGAGACUGGAGAUUUCUUCCUGUUGGCAUUUAAAAAAAUUAUUAUACACAUCAAUCGCCCUCUUGGGUUUUUCCAAAUAUGACUGCCUUGCUGCAGCACCUUUUGCUAGUGCUCCUUUUCUCCAGUGCCACCUUACUACUCAGCACUGCGGCUGCUGCCCAGAGUGAAGAGACAACAUGUGCUUUUAGGGACCUUUACCAAAACGAUCACGGAAUUAGUGAAAGUCGAAUUUCUCAAGAGAAUGGUACUGUUUUGUGUAUGAAAGGAAACACCUGCUAUGGUCUCUGGGAGAAAACACGUGAAGGUGACAUACGUCUUGUGAAACAAGGAUGUUGGUCUCAUAUAGGAGACCCUGAAGACUGUCACUCAGAUGAAUGCAUAGUCACAACCACCCCUUCCUUGGUUCAAAAUGGGACAUAUCGUUUCUGCUGCUGCAGUUCCAACUUGUGCAAUCUAAACUUCACAGAGAAUUUUCCACCACCAGAUCCUACUGAUGCAACACCUUUCAAUUCAUCUCAUUCGCUUCACCGAGAGGAGACAAUUGUCAUUGCUCUGGCAUCAGUAUCUGUAUUGGCUGUUUUGGUGGUUGCUCUUUUCUUUGGAUAUAGGAUGCUUGCAGGUGAUCGUAAACAAGGUCUGCACAGUAUGAACAUGAUGGAAGCAGCAACAUCUGAACCAUCAUUAGACCUGGAUAAUCUGAAGCUACUGGAGCUGAUUGAUCGAGGACGAUAUGGAGCAGUGUAUAAAGGUUCCUUAGAUGAGCGUCCAGUGGCUGUAAAAGUUUUUUCUUUCAGUAAUCGUCAAAACUUUAUCAAUGAAAGAAAUAUAUACAGAAUCCCACUAAUGAAUCAUGACAAUAUUGCUCACUUCAUUGUGGGGGACGAGAGAUUCACUGCAGAUGGACGAAUGGAAUAUUUAUUAGUGAUGGAAUAUUAUCCCAAUGGUUCUUUGUGCAGGUAUUUGAGUUUUCAUACUAGUGACUGGGUGAGCUCUUGUCGUUUGGUGCACACUAUAACUAGGGGCCUGGCAUAUCUUCACACAGAGCUGCCUCGAGGAGAUCAUUACAAACCUGCCAUCUCCCAUCGGGAUUUGAACAGCCGUAAUGUAUUGGUGAAGAAUGAUGGAACAUGUGUUAUUAGUGAUUUUGGACUCUCCAUGAAACUGACAGGAAAUAGACUAGUGCGCCCAGGUGAGGAGGACAAUGCCGCAAUUAGUGAGGUUGGUACAAUUCGCUACAUGGCCCCUGAAGUGCUGGAAGGAGCAGUGAACUUGAGGGAUUGCGAAUCAGCUCUGAAACAAGUAGAUAUGUAUGCACUAGGCCUCAUCUACUGGGAGAUUUUUAUGAGAUGCACAGACCUGUUCCCAGGAGAAUCGGUGCCAGAGUUCCAGAUGGCAUUCCAAACAGAAGUUGGAAACCAUCCCACUUUUGAAGAUAUGCAAGUUCUUGUUUCAAGGGAAAAGCAAAGACCAAAAUUCCCAGAGGCCUGGAAGGAGAACAGCUUGGCUGUGAGGUCACUGAAAGAGACAAUCGAAGACUGUUGGGAUCAGGAUGCUGAAGCUCGGCUGACAGCCCAAUGUGCUGAAGAGAGGAUGGCUGAACUCAUGAUGAUUUGGGAGAGGAAUAAAUCUGUCAGCCCAACGGUUAACCCUAUGCAGUCUACAGCUAUGCAGAAUGAGCGAAAUCUGUCACACCAUAGGCAUGCGCCAAAGAUCAGACCAUAUCAAGAUUACUCUUCCUCAUCUUACAUUGAGGACUCCAUUCACCAUACUGACAGCAUAGUGAAGAAUAUUUCCUCUGAGCUUUCACUGUCCAGCACAUCAAUGACAAUUGGGGAGAAGAACAGAAACUCUAUUAACUAUGAGCGGCAGCAAGCACAAGCUCGCAUUCCUAGCCCUGAAACUAGUGUCACAAGCUUGUCAACCAAUACUACCACCACCAACACAACAGGUCUCACGCCAAGCACUGGCAUGGCUACUAUAUCUGAGAUGCCUUACUCAGGUGAAACAAACCUUGGUGCUGCAAGUGGCAUGCAGCUGCUUGGGCCAACUCCUGUUUGUCUACAACUAACGGAGGAGGACUUGGAGACCAACAAGCUGGAUCCAAAGGAAGUAGAUAAAAAUUUAAAGGAAAGCUCUGAUGAGAAUCUGAUGGAGCAUUCCCUUAAGCAGUUCAGUGGGCCAGAUCCUCUCAGCAGUACCAGCUCCAACUUGCUGUACCCACUGAUAAAACUGGCAGUAGAAGCAACAGGGCAACAGGACUUCACGCAAGUUGCAAAUGGUCAAUCUUGUCUAAUCCCAGAUCUUCAGCCUGCUCAGGUCUACCCUCUUCCUAAGCAGCAGAACCUCCCAAAGAGGCCUACUAGCCUACCCUUGAACACCAAAAACUCAACAAAGGAGCCUCGGCUGAAAUUUGGAGGGAAGCACAAAUCAAACUUGAAGCAAGUUGAAACUGGAGUUGCCAAGAUGAACACUGUCAAUUCUGCAGAGCCUCAUGUGGUAACAGUUACCACGAAUGAAGUGGCAGGGAGGAGCCAUACAAUAACCUCUCAUGCUGUACCAACCCAGUAUGUGAAUGGUACAGUGCCAUCUGGACAAGCAAGCAGCUCAGGGGCACACAGGGCCCAGGAAAUGCUGCAGAACCAGUUCAGUGGAGAGGACAGCCGUCUGAAUAUCAACUCAAGCCCUGAUGAGCAUGAGCCCUUAUUGAGAAGGGAGCAGCGAGUGAGCCAUGAUGAGGGCAUUCUGGAUCGUCUGGUUGAAAGGAGAGAACGCUCGCUGGAUAAUGGUAGAACAAAUGCCAAUAACAACAACAGUAACCCAUGUCUAGGACAAGGCAUUUCCAUCCUCAGCAGCCAGAGCACAGCACCAAAUUCUGGGUUGACCCACACUAGAAGAGCACAGAGACCUAACUCACUGGAUCUGUCAGCUACAAAUAUUUUGGAUGGCUGUAGCAUGCAGUUGAGCGAGUCAUCCCUAGAUGGCAAACCAGGCUCAGGAGAAAAGAUAAAGAAACGUGUGAAAACACCAUAUUCCCUUAAGCGGUGGCGCCCUUCAACGUGGGUCAUCUCUACAGAACCGCUGGACUGUGAAGUCAACAACAACGGCAGUGAUAGGGUGGUCAGUUCUAAGUCCAGCACAGCUGUUUACCUUGUAGAAGGAGGAACUGCUACAACUAUGGUAUCUAAGGAUACAGGAGUGAACUGUCUGUGAAUUGUUUAAAAGCUGACAAAAAUGACAUUUUUGCUAAACAAACAUGCAGAAGACCUUGGGAAAAAUGUUCUUUCUCCUGUUGGCACCCAUUACCAAGGACUUGCUUUAAAUAGAUUUCAGCUAUGCAGACAAGUUUUAGCUUAUGCUUCCAUAUUUUUAAUUUUGUUCUUAUGUUUUUAACAUUUUUGCACUUUUUAUUUAGUAUUGCAGAAUUACAUCCAUCUGUUCCUGACCACAGAAUUAUAUAGAUGUGUAUUAAAUGAUGUGGUCUCAAAAUAUUUUUUUAAAAAACAAAAACAAAAAAAAUCUUGCUGAUAAUCAGUUUGGACCGGUUUCUAAAGGUCACUAAAUGCAAAAGCCAACUGGCUACAGUGGUGUCUGCUCUUCAUGCUUUGAGUUCUGUGCACAAGCUCGUUUAUAUGUUUCUGUGUGACAGAGUGUAUUAUCUUUUGAACUCCCUAUUUUUACUUGUGUUAUGUUGAAAUGUGCAAUAGUCUGUUGUUCACAGUAUGCUUUGUGUUUGCAACCCUACUACACAUUAUUCCUUUUGGAACUAUAAAGGGUUGUGGUUUUUUAAUCUAACAUAUUGGCAGCCGGUAAUUUCCAUCUAUGAAUUCUGCACAGCAUAAUCAGCUUAAAGCAGCUGCUUAUAUCUGUCUAUUGUAAGAUCACAUUUAAUGCAUGGUUUUCUCUGCCUUAAAAGGGCUUUAAAAGGGGGAGAGGAGAAAAGAACAAACCUCUGUUUUCUUUCAUCCUUCCAAAUUAGCAAAUUGCAGCUUUCUUCAUUGGGGAUGGUGCAGGUUUGGAGAACUCUGAAAAAAGAAAAUGUUGAACAAAAUAUAAGGAAUCAAAGGGUCACUUUGUACAACCAAUGGAGGUAAUCUGCCCACUAAGCUCCAUACUUGAUAAACAUGCCUCCCCAUUGGCAGGUUUACAAACUAAGAAAGCUCUAUCGGGGAUAGAUGAUCUGUGGUAUCUUUUUCACAAAGCAAAGAUGCAUGCAAGAAUUGCAAUGAUUGUGUGUAAACUGGCCCCAAAUGUCUACCAUUUUAUUUUAUCUUUUGUCUUACACAAUUUCACAUAAAUAUGGUUUGUAUUUAUGUACAAUUUUCCUUAAUGAAUGCUUUUGGUGUAUAUUUAAAAGUACAUUUUGCCUAAUCUUGAUAAGUUAUCUUAAUUUUUUUUACUGUAGGUAGGUUGGUAAGACAGGUUUGUAAACAAGCUAAAACAUGGACUCACUUGCAUGAUAGUCAUGUGAUGAAUUCCUGUCCCUCUGUUACUUUCACUUCCCAAAUCUGACAAUAUAGAUCAGUGUUGCAUCAAAUUGCCUAUGUGUAACUAGCUGAUCUAUAGCACAUUCCUAUACAUGUCUACAUAAGGAGUAAUUCUCACUGAAUUCGAUGGGACUUACUCCUAGGUAAGUAUGUCUAGGAUUGAAGCCUUUGAAAAUAGUGAAAAUAUUCAGUCCUUUCAGAUUUUACCUGCUUAUGCAUUAAUUGCCCCUUUAGAGCACUAUUUGUGCCUAUCAUGACAACAUAUCAGAGUUUUUCUAGGGGAAACAUUUAGAAUAUAUGUAAUGCUACAUAUUUGUGCAUGAGUGUUAAAAUAUCUGGUCCCAUUAAAGUACAAUUCUGAAGGUCAAUAGGGACACCUGCCUAGACAGAAAUGAGUAAGUAUUGCUUAUUGGCCUUUGUCUUGGUUGUUGUUCAGGCUUAUGCAACCUUCACAAAUAUAUAUAUCUAUGAACGAAAUAGCAGCUAGUAUGAUAUGGUUCUGAAUAAAACAUUUAGUUUUGAUUUAUCAUAAUCCGAGACUAGCAUAACUGUUUUUGGUCCACAUCCCCAAAUUUUUACAGCACAUUUCCCCCCCCCCAUACUGCUUUCUCACAAACUGCUUAAUUUGGUUUUUCAGACUUUAAAGAAAUUGCUUGUUUCCUUAAUUCUGUUUUUACCAACUUUCUUCCACUUUAAGUCUUGAACUCUGCCCUCAGUGUUCAUAAUAAACAUCUAGCUGCAGAUGAGUAAAUCAACUUUUGCUAUUGUAUGAAGCCUGGAUAAGCUGAUACAUUAGAUUCAUUAGACCAAUGAAGAUAGUAAUUUAAACUGGUUUAAAUUAGAUGAGAUCCUGGUCCAGGAUAUGAGAAUAAUAAGUUAAGAUAUCAUCCAGAAUCCACCAUGGACUUGAUGAAUGUUUAAAGUUUUUCAUCAAAUAAGAUAAUUGUUUUCAUCAUGUGAAACAUACACACCUGCACGCACACACAAAACUAUAUACAGGCAUACCCCGCUUAACGUCGCUUCACUUAACGUCGCCUUGCUAUAACGUACAUGCUUCAUACUCCACCAUACCCCACUUUAACGUACGCUACGCACUUCGCAAUAACAGACACUGACGGAACUUGCAUUCCGCGUGCCAUGUGCGUUGCAAAGCGUCUGUCUUCUGAGCGAUCUGAGCAGAGCGAUCUAGCGAUCUGAGCGGCUGCUGCCUUGGAGACAGAACCUUUUACAUCAUUUAUCAGUAAUCAUUUAAAGAUAUUUUAUUUUACAUUUAAGUACAGUACUUUACAGUACUGUAAAGAGCGAUCGGAGCUCUGCCUGCCCCGGCCUAGGUGUGUGUGUGUGGGGGGGGCACCUCAUGCUCUUUAGAUCCCCCUGAUUUCAUUUUAGAUCCCCCUGAUUUCAUUUUACUGUCCCAUUUUAUACCUCUCCCUCUCCAUUGUCCCAUCUGUUUUACUGUAAUUGUGAUAAAAAAAUUAAAAAAUAUAUUUAGAUCACCCUGAUUUCAUUUUAUACCUCUCCAUUGUCCCAUCUUCCUUUCCUGCUUUUUCUCUCUGUCUCUGCCCAUCAUUAGUUCUGGUUUUUGCUUGUGACUCCCAAUAACGUGUGUGUGUGUGGGAUGUGUGUAUUGGUAUUGUUUUCCCUUGCCUUCAGUACUGUACAGUACAGUACUGUACAGUAUUACAGUACAGUACAUAAUGGCAGAUACAAAGAAAAGUCGUAAAUCUAUCACCUUAGAUAUGAAGCUUAAAAUGAUUAAACUGUCUGAUGAAGGUGUUUCUCAAGCUGAGAUAGGCCGAAGGCUAGGCUUCACUCGAACAACAGCUAGCACAGUCAUGAGGAGCAAAGAAAAAAUUCUUGCAGAAGUUAAGAGUGCCAUGCCAGUGAACACAGCAAAAAUUAGAAAAAGGGAUAGUGUUGUUGCAGAUAUGGAGAGACUCUUAAUACUUUGGAUAGAAAAUCAGACUGCACGCCAGGUUCCUGUAAGCCAGGCAAUAAUUCAAAGUAAGGCCUUAAGCCUGUUCAAUGACCUGAAGGCUAAGAAAGGUGAGGCAGCGAAGGAUGCCGAAUUUGUUGCAAGCCGUGGAUGGUUUGACAGAUUCAAGAAGAGGUCUAACCUACAUAACAUCAGAGUGCCAGGAGAGGCAGCUGCUGCAGUUACUGAGGCUGCAGAAAGCUAUCCACGUGACCUUGCCAAAAUUAUUGAAGAGGGAGGCUGCUCCAAAGAACAAAUUUUUAAUGUGGAUGAGACUGGGCUGUUCUGGAAAAAGAUGCCUGCAAGAACCUUCAUCACCAGAGAGGAGAAAACAAUGCCAGGCUACAAGCCAGCUAAAGAAAGAAUAACCUUUCUGUUAGGUGCCAAUGCCUCUGGUACCUUGAAACUAAAGCCUAUGCUAAUUUAUCGUUGGGAAAACCCUAGAGCUUUAAAGAACUAUGUUAAAACUAGACUUCCAGUGCAUUGGAGGUCUAAUAGAAAAGCAUGGGUGACUGCAGCCGUUUUCAAAGAUUGGUUUGAUACCUGCUUUGUACCAGAGGUGAAAGCCUAUUGCAGGGACAACAAUAUCCCUUUAAAAAUUUUGCUCCUUGUAGACAAUGCUCCUGGCCACCCUCGAAUGUUAGAUGUUACAUUCGAGUGGAAUUCCUACCUCCGAAUACCACCUCACUCCUGCAGCCCAUGGAUCAAUGUGUCAUAGCCACCUUCAAGUU